AUGUCGCAUCUCGAGCUUUACCAUCACUUUUCGCAGCUCCGCUGUACCAACUCCCUGCUCUGCCUUGCGACUCCGGAGCAUGCGGCCAUCAUGAAGACCAGCGUCUUAGAGCACUCAGUCCAGCUGCCUUACCUGAUGCACCAGCUCCUUGCAAUAUCAGCUCGUCACAAGAGCAGGCGAGCAACUGACGACGACGAGAGGGCGUCCUACCUCCAGCAGGCUCUGCAGCUCCAGACCCACGCCAUCACGAUAUUCCACGCCUCGAAUCCCGGGCUCCCUUCUGUCGCGAUAAAUCCAAAACAAAGCAUACCGACCCUAUGCUUUGCGACGAUGUUGGGCACCCACGCGCUAUGCGAUACCCUGACCGCCCUUGACGACCCGGCAUCACCCGCCGACAUGGACGAAUCCUCCCGGCGCAAUUCGCUACAGACCUUCCUCGCCAGAUGGCUCGACUACGCCCGCCUCCACCGCAGCGUCAACAACCACGUCGUGGGCGCAUCAGACCUCAUCCACGAGUCCGAGAUGCGGCCGCUCCUGCAGCACGGGCGCGCAAUGUCAGAGAGGCACCCAGCCGGCCACCACACCGACGCGCUGCUCGCGAGGAUCGCCACGCUCCAGGGCCUGUCGCCAGAGGUCCUCGCCGCGUGCCUGACGGCCGUCGACGGGCUGCAGGUCGCCAUCGACAUAGGCAACGACGCAUCCGCCGAGGGCGGCGGCGCCGCCGUCAUCAGCCCGGAAUACCUCCCCAUCUGGUGGGCGCUCACCGUGCCCGACGGGUUCCUCGAAGCCCUCUCCACGGGCCUGCCCGAGCUCGUCGCCGUGUUGGCGUACUAUGCCGUGCUCCUCCACCGCGCGCGGGCGUCGUGGGCCGUCGGCGGCGCCGGCACCAAGCUGCUGCAGAUCCUGACCGCGCACCUUGGCAUCAGGUUCACGGAGGUGCUGGCGUACCCGCGCAAGGAGCUUGGCUUAGGUCACUUUGAUGCUGUUUAUGAUGCCGUCAGGGGCUGGACGGAGCGGUCGAGCCCGUAG